UUUAUAUUGGUCACGAACACCUUUCAGUGAACAUUUGUUUUGGUGGACUUAAUUAUUUUAUCAUUAAUGUUUGUUGUGAUUGGUAUGUUGAAUGUUUAACAUUUUUCCUGGUAACAUCCCCCCUGAUGUCCUUGUUUUCACAGACUCAAGAACUACUCUAUGUAAGAUGAACACUGAGGACAAGUUGGAAGGUAUGCUGCUGAAGUGCAGCAGUGGAGGGAUCGAUGGAGGAGGGCGAGACGGCCUGGGCGGCGGAGGAGGACUCGUGGUGAUGACCCUCGGGGAACGGUCGCUGGCCAACCACCCUCUGUUGGCUGAGGACGAUGACGACGAAGACGACGACGAGGAUUUGACCGAGAGCUCGCUGGUCACUCACGACCUGGUCCCUCCGGAGCAGCUGAUGAUGCAGGAGGACAUUACCAAGAAUGGUGGAGGAGGAGGAGGAGAAGAGGAGGGAGGAGGCGAGGUGGGAGUGCAUUUCCCCCUAAAACUCACCAAUAAGUUGCCCUGCUUGCUUCAUAUGCCAUUGAGCAUCAAGCAGGAACUGAAACUGUCUGAGCCAGCGGCCCAUAUAAAGAAGGACAAAAAAGCAAUUAAGGACCUGAUGGUGUGUCCCAAGAAGAAAAAGAGGAAGCAGCGCUCACCAGCAAAGAUUCUCAGCAUCAAUGACGAUGGAUCACUGGGCAUACCAAACCCCAAAUGUCACGUCUGUGUUCACUGUAAUGCUGCGUUCAGAACAAACUACCAUCUGCAGAGGCACGUCUUCAUUCACACUGGUGAGAAGCCAUUUCAGUGCAGCCAGUGUGACAUGCGCUUUAUUCAGAAAUAUCUUCUCCAAAGACACGAGAAGAUCCACACUGGUGAGAAGCCUUUUCGCUGUGACGAGUGUGGGAUGAGGUUCAUCCAGAAGUACCACAUGGAGAGGCACAAGAGGACUCACAGCGGAGAGAAGCCCUACCAGUGUGACUACUGUCACCAGUACUUUUCCAGAACGGACCGGGUUUUAAAGCACAGACGAAUGUGUCACGAGAACAGAGAGAGAAAGACGAGCAAGACCGCCGGUAAAGUCGGACCUUUGCGCGAAACGGAUUCUUUAGGGGCCCCCUUUCUUGCCAAAGAGUGUUCACUGCCCAAGAAAAAGCGACAAAAGUGUGCAGACAAGAGUUCAGGCGCUUCCACCGCUGCCCCGCCGGACGGGCACACGUUCGCAGUCGUAGAAGCCGAGGAGAAAGAGGAUCAGAGGCAGAAUAAAAUCGAAGGUCUGUCUCUGUACGCCGUGUCCUCCAAAGUCAAACACGAGUACGUGAUUGCCGACUACUCUGUAGAACUUCCCGAAGAGACGACCAGCCAACACCAAGAGGGCGACGUGUCAUCAGAAGAAACAACUCCGCCCAAACUAGUCCUGAAGAAAGUCCCCAAGAGGAGCCUCAAACAGGCCAGCGAACAAACUCCCCCCUGCUUGUCCACGUUGUCCUCCUUUGUGGAAAACAGCAAGGUUACUCAGUACACCUUCGAGAUCGUGGACAAGCAAGGCCUGUUAGACGUGGAGGCCAACACUGAGCUCGAGUCGGUUGAAACUCUGCAGGGAGGACCAACGAAACCAGCAGCCAACAGCACAAACUACGACGACGCCAUGCAGUUCCUGAAGAAGAAACGUUACCUGCAGGCUGCCAUGACCAACAACAGUCGGGAUUACGGCCUGAACACGAGCAGCAUCUCCUCUCAGCCGCCUGUUACGCAAACAGUGGUGUCGACCGUCAUCGAUGAAACUGUCCCCGCCACCAUCCUGGAGCCGCAGCCAAUCAGCACAGAGAUUAAGACAACUCAUGACAAGAAUGUAUUGCCUGACGAGGUUCUUCAGACGCUGUUGGAUCACUACUCCAACAAAGCUAACGGGCAAUCAGACAUUACUUUCAGCGUGGCGGACACAGAGGUGACCUCAAGCAUAUCUAUCAAUUCCUCCGAUGUGUCAGACAGCAGCCCCGUGGAGAGCCUCGGCGUGUCCAGCGCCCAGGCUCAGCCGCCUACUGAGAAAGUCAGCCUUUUGCAAGAAUACUCCAAAUUUCUCCAGCAAGCUCUGGAGAGGACCAGUCAAAACGACAGCUACCUGACCAGCCAGAGCCUCAGCCUGGUCUCUGAAAACCCCACGUUAGCUGGACAACCUCUGUUCUCCACUGAAAAACAGUUUCCUUCCCCCAGCAGGUUCAAAUCAGGGAUGAGCUCUCCGCUUAGGUCCACUUUAGAGAAACCUCACUUUGGAUUACUCGUCGGGGACUCCCAGAACUCGUUUUCAUUUUCAGGUGAUGAGACCACCCCUCCCUCUGCAGUGUCCCCGGCUGAGGAGGACUUUCUGGAUCAGGUCUCGCCCUCCAAAAAGACCGACGCGUCACAAGGGAUACUGCAGACUUUCCAAAUAAGCUCCUUCGAUCAGAACUUCAAAUCUCAUUUCCAGACGUCCAGAUCUGGAUCCUCCACACAGUUUACUGUUGCCAACGGACAAGUAAGUGUUCGAGGACACAGCACAGACUUCUCAGAGUUCCCUUUAGUUCGAGUCACAGAGACCAGGUCUCAACUGAACUCCUCCCCCGAUGUUUCGACCAGCGAAUCGUUCGGCUGAAGGAAGCGGGGGGAGAACAAUUCAUUUCUGUUAAUAAUUUCAGCGGCACUUUAUCUCAUCUCUCCUGUUUUGCCAAAACGAACCCCAUUGCAAAUAUGUGCUCUUUCUUAAAGCAGUUAGUUAGAAAAGUUAUUCAUGUUUUUGUUUGUUUGUUUGUUUUCUAUACUUUAACCUCACAAAUGGAAAUACUAAAAAUCGAUUAAUUACUAUAAUUAGCAUUUCCCCUUUGAGAAAAAAAAACAUUUCUUGAUCAGAAUGUACAUUAAGAGAUUAAGCGACCAAAGUGUAACGCAAGAGACUGAUGAUCAUUAUUAUUAUUAUUCUGUCAUGCCAUUGCCAUAGAGUUUAUUUUUAAUGUUGGUGUCAAUCAGUUUGCCUUGCACAAAAAAAAAACACACAAAAAAAAAGAUCAAGUCAGUCUUGCUGCUUACUGCAAUAUUUCCACGUGUUCAGAUGUAGGCUGUGUUUAUGUCUGCCUUUUUGUUCUGACUGUAGCUACCUCCCCCUGGCUCUUUAUCUGAUCAAACCACAGAGUUUGUGCUCAUUGGUGGAACCUUUUUUAUUCCAGCUGUCUACGGAGAAACGAUGAGAACACGACAACGUUUUUCAUUUCAUACUUUUAAGUCACUUUAUUCCACCGGGGGUCCGUCAUGAAUGGUACAGGAAAGAUUCAACUGAUUGUAGUUAUCUGAUCCGGAACAUUUUUCAUUUAAAGAUUUGGGUCUAAUGGCCAGAAAUGAGGAAUUAUAGUUCUCAUCCACAGCUAGUUUCCCUUUGUUGGCGACUGAUUUUACAGAUGUGACUCAAGUGCAAGACGGGCUGCGUAAUAGAAAAUAAAAAACGUCCGGGCUGCGUUAGAAUUAAAAAGUUUUGUUUUAAAACGAGCUUUUUGUCCCCCCAGAACAGAUUUAGGCAUCAAAUAGCUGCACACAUGUAAUGGUUGCAGGAUAAUUCUUCUUUUCUUUUGGUAGCGUUCGUGAUUUGUAGUGAGAUUACUUAACAGGAUUGUGCUUCGCGUUUGCACAAUUUGCACAUUCUUCACUACAGGGAAUGUAGUUCACGGUGUCACGGUGGAGGAGUUGCAUCAUACCUUUACUUAAAAGUCAAACUUUUUUUUUUUUUGUUGAGUGAGAUGAACCACUUAAAACUCUUGUGUCAGAUUUGAAUUUACAAAUUGUGCUUUUUUUUUUUUGCAUUUGUCACUUAAAAGGCUCUCGUGGCUGCGGUUUGACUUUUGUUCUUGGAACCUAAACAGGCUUUGGUUGGACGAGAACCCCAAAGUUUUAUCAAAACUAUGUUAUGAAUUAUGACAGCACAUGUGGAAAUGAGGUCUUUUAGUCAUUUUGCGUCGUCUGUGCCUUUUCUUUUCAUUUGAUUCCAGCGUUUUCCUCUUUACUCAUUCCUGCAUAUGUACGUUUGUUUUUCUUUUUUUUUUCUUUAACCUUCUAAGGCUACUUAUUCCACUUGCACAAAAACAACAAACACAUAAGCUAUCGACUUAUUCACUCUGUAAUAUGUUAAGAUCUGGGAGCUUUAUUUAAUUUUUUGCCUGUCGUAUUUUAUUAUUUUAGAAUUUUAGCAAAAAAUAUCACCAAGUUUAAGUCUUUUUUUGUGUGUGUGAGUGUGUGUGUGUGUGUGUGUGUGUGGUUGGGAGGACUUAGCAUUUCACUGACUGCAGAAUCACGUUUUAGACGUUUGUAGUUUUAAAUGAUCGUCACCUGUUUGCUAGAAAGCGGUAGUAAAUUAUCACGUCUGUCCAGAAACCUUCAGUAAUAACGAGCGAGGUCUUCGUCACUCUUCGGUGCUCUUGUGUUAAACACGGUUUAGGUUUCAAACGGCUCCCUCUUGUUGCUGCUCCACUGACAAUCAGGGAACAGGCGGCACCACAUUAAUCAUUAUUUUUUUUAACUUUUAUUUCUCCCCUCGUCAAUCAUUCCCUCUAGAAUGUAUAGAAAUGAUCCUGCUGUAAAUACAUUGUAUAUUUUUAUGUUUCUGAGAAGUACUGUUAGAUUUUUUUUUUUGUCGAUAGAGAGGACAAGGCGUGUGCAAGAGACACUUUUUGUCAGUGGAAGGCAUGUUAAUUCCAAGCAUUUAUUAGAUUCGACGACAACAAAAGAAAACACUUCCCGACGAAAUGUGGCUUCCUGAGAAUUGUACAUACCACUGUGUCAGAGGAAAAUGGACACUUUAAAAGAAAGUUCUUGUAAGCUAACGCGGCUGAAUGUGCAUCGGGACAGGGCUUCACGACAUGAUUUUGAAAAUGUUGUUAGCAUCACUUAUUUACCCUCGAAUUCAAUUCAACGUCGGAUUAAUCGACGGAUUCAUUUCAUCCCGAGCGACCUUUUAGAAGCACAGUGCGGACGAGCGAUUCUGCUUUUGUAAAUUGUUCCCCCGUUUCUCGACAAAUUUCAGUUACAAAACUGCUGAAGAUCCAUGAAGUAUACGCGCAGCACCACGGCAUUCUGUUCCUUUUGAUGAACUAUUGUCAGUAACCUGGCCAUAAGUGUCCUUGUAUAAGCUAGAGAUAAAAAAAAAAUAAAAAUAAAAAAAAUAUUUGUUUUGUGUAAAAAGAUCUGAAUUCUGAAUUUUUUGAUAAAAACUAUUUUUGAAACAUGUCAUUUAAGGCACUGAUAUGUACAGUAUAUCAUAUGCAGUCACUCUUGCUACCCUCAUUUAUCUCUGUACAAGUCGUUUGUGUCAAGAUCUUUCAAAUACAGACGGGGAACUUUGACUGGCAUUUUCAUACUUUUUAAGGAACUUGAGGAGGAAGCCUCCUGCUUCCCGGUGAGGUUGGUCUUACGUUAGGUUUAUUUGCAUGGUCUCUGACUUGUUGGGUCGAGUGAACUUGUUUUAUGAAUAAUGUGCAGCUUUAAUUGUAGCUGGUUAAUUUCAGUCAAGUAACCCAUAUGAUUAGAUUUUUUGCAAUAUAUUAUGAUUUGUAAGCAAUCUGAUUAAAUUGUUGUUUUGAUUGUCGUGUGUCAUGUCCUUAUAAAUAAAAAUAAUUCACAGUA